AUGUUGACUACAAAUUUCAACGACGUAUAUUCUCCAUUAAGCAUAAUUUUUAUUUUGUCGCAAAAUUUUCUUAAUGUUCGUUCGUUCAGGCCUGAACCACGCGGGGGGCAUAUGGCGACGCUGGUCAAUAAAAAAAUAAUUUAUAUGGGAGGCUCAAGACCCAUACCCAAAACUUCAUCUGCAUGGACACCAAUUCAUCAGUUCAAUCUAUCAGACGAGGUGUUCUCUUUGGAUCUUUCUUCACCAUUUACCGUUGACUCGCCUCCGUUCACAGAUCUUUCUGCAACUUCAAAGAUGCCAUUCGGUGGGGAGAAGGGAAAAACAGUAUUAGGAACGAGUAGUAUACGAAUUUUCCUUGUCGGAGGGGUUCAGCAGAAUAUGGCAACAUUUGCCUAUAAUGUGACAAAUUCAAGCCUUUGGAUUUAUAAUGUAAAUUCACAAUUAUGGGACGUUCCUGGGCCAGGAACUAAUGGACCACCACUUCCCAUGCGUAGAUCCACUGCAACCGUUAUUGAUAAAAACGGUAUGAUUUACAUAUUUGGCGGAAGGGUGGAGGUGGACACUGGCUCAGACGUCUUCACAAUCUUCGAUGACUUUUUCACAUUUGACACUUUAUUAUUAAAGUGGACAAACCUUACAUCACUUCCGAACCAUCCAUAUAAACGCAGUCAUACAACAACUACUCUAAUGCCUGAUGGAAAAAUUAUUUACAUUGGGGGUGUUACUCAAUCCAUUCCCGGUCAAACUGGAAAUCGUAUAAGCAUGAAUGAAUCUGCUGUAGGGACUGUCGAUCCUCGUGUUGGACACACCAGUAUUUUAGCUCCAGAUAAUUCCACUAUAGUUAUCUUAGGUGGAACACAAAGCUAUGCACUUAAUCAGACUACAGCAUAUCCGGUUUUUGUAUUGCUGGAUGUCAAAUCCGAACCAUUUCAAUAUUCAACCCCUCAACCUUCUGGAUUAAAAUUUAAAUUCGUACUUACAGGCAACAUCACCAACGACGCAGGACCUCCAACUAAUACAUCGGCUGAUGUAUAUCUUAUGGAUCUUUCAAAUUACACGUGGGUUACACGAUUUGACAAUAGUUCUACUUCUACCACUAGUAAUAAUGGUAAAUUGGCUAUUAUUAUUUGUCCUAUUAUAAUUGCCCUUGUCAUUGGCAUAAUAAUAUGCUUCAAACUUUAUGGACGAAAAAUGUAUGAGUCUUCUAUUAAAGUGAUCACUAGACGUACACGCCCAGAACCACUCCCAAAACCACCCCAAGAACCACUUGAAUAA